AUGCCGUUGAAGCAGCUUGAAAUAGAUAAUUUCAAGAGCUAUCGCGGCAAGCAAAUUGUUGGUCCUUUUAGCGCGUUUAGCGCAGUAAUCGGGCCGAAUGGCAGUGGCAAAAGCAAUUUAAUGGAUGCGAUUUCGUUUGUUCUAGGCGUACGUGGUGCACAAAUCCGAUCGUCUGAACUUUCCGAUUUGAUAUAUUCACGGAAUUUAUCACAAGGAGACACUGUCACAGUCUUCGAGGACGAUGCGCCAAGCAAAGCGUCAGUUACAGCUGUGAUUGAAGAUGCCAAUCAUAUGGAGCACCGUUUCCAGAGGAUUGUCACUGCAACAGGCGCAUCAGAGUAUCGGUACAAUGGACGUAUGACAACACAAGCAUCAUACAAUGCAAAGUUAGAGCAGCUGAAUAUUCUCGUCAAGGCACGAAACUUUCUAGUGUUCCAGGGCGAUGUGGAAGCCUUUGCAGAGCAAUGUUCCAAAGAUUUGAGUGAGGUAAUUGACCAGAUCAGUGGUUCUAAAUUGUUGCAAGGGGAGUAUGAGGCGGCCAAAUCCGCUUACCAAGAAGCCGUAGAUCAUUCUGCGGCCCUGGUAGCCAAGCGCAAGACACUCCAAGGAGAACUGCGGCAUAUGAGACAGCAUAAGGAAGCAUCCGAUCGGUAUGAUGUAUUGAAGAAUGAGCUUAGCUCGCACAUUGUGCAGAAGAUGCUGUGGCGUUUGUAUCAUAUUCAUGAAAUUAUUGAGAUCCAUACGGACUGGAUUGAGGCGCAUGCGACGCGGGGCGAGCAGGCGCGAAAACGUUUGGAAGAUAAAGAAGGUAUCGUGGCUGCUGCGCGAACGGAGCUAGGCAAGGUGCAGCAGGCAGUACUGGACAAGGAGAACGAGAAAAAACAAACAGCGCGACUUUUGGAUGCCAAGCGGCCCGAAAAGGAUCGCCUCGUGGAGCGGGCUGAGCAUGCGCGACGAAAGUUGCAGCAGGCGCAGUCACUGUAUAAGCAAGCCGAGAAAGACCAUACCGUACAAGCAGAGGCACUCAAUCGACUGGAGGCGGACAAGGUGCUAGUAGAGAAAGCGCUUGUGCAGGCCAAGGAGGCGCAGGAAGCUGCAUUGGCUACGACUACACGGAAGCUUAGUGACGAAGAGCUACAAAUGUACCAUGCCCUCAAGGCGCAGUCUGCUGCUAUAGCUUCCGAUGAAAGAACGCAGCUAGAGCAGAUCCAGCGUGAACGCCGUGAAAAGCAAACAGCUCUGGAUACAGUGCAGGAUCGAUUGGACGAUGCUGCAAGCAAAUUGGAACGCCUAGAAGAACAGGAAGCGUUGUUGGCCGCUUCAGCUAUGUCCUUAGAACAGCGUGAGCCUGAGGCUGCGGAAAAGGUGAAGGAGGCCAAGGCAGCUUUGGAACAGCAUCAAGCGCAGAAAGAGGACAUUGCCGCGCGCGAGAAAGAAUUGAACGAUGUGCUGGUUCUUUGCUACAACAAGUUGCUACGUAUGGGUCAAGACCAGCGUGUGCACGAACGGGAAAUGCGUCUUCGAGAGUCGAUUCGAUCUCUACGCUCCAUCUUCCCUGGCGUACAUGGCCGCUUGUUGGAUUUGUGCAAGCCCACACAGAAGAAGUAUGAGAUUGCUAUGGCUACGACACUGGGCCGAAAUACAGAGGCCGUGGUCGUGGACCAUGAAAGUACGGCCAUGGAAUGUAUUGAGUACCUUCGCAACCAGCGAGCCGGUCAAGCGACAUUUAUCCCCCUCGAUACGAUUCAGACGAAACCGAUCAAUGACCGGCUGCGUAGCGUCUCACCACAAGCGCGCUUGGCUGUGGAUGUGAUGCAGUAUAGUCCAGCGGUGGAGCGAGCUGUCCAUUUUGCCUGUGGCAACACGUUGAUAUGUGAUACCUUGGAUGUGGCUCGAAACGUAUGUUUCGAGAAGAAUCAGCGUGUGAAAGCCGUCACACUGGACGGGACAGUUAUCCAUAAGACGGGUAUGAUGACCGGUGGACCAUCUAUGCAGGACAGUGUGCGCCAAUGGGAUGAGCAAGAGAUGCUCGGUGUGCAGCGUGAGCGGGAUCGUUGCAUGUCGGAGCUCAAGGAGCUGCAGCAGCAGAAGUACACCCUCGGAGAGGAAGAGGAAGCGGUGGCCAAGAUCACACGGGCUCAAGCGGCUCUCUCGAAUGUGCAUCAGGAGCAAGCCGACGUCGCGCGCCGACGUAAGGACAUUGCCGCCGAGCGCAGCACGUUGGAGGCGCAACAGAAAGCACUCACUGUGGAUGUACACAAACACAACACAGCGCUGACUACCUUAGCCACGCGCCUCACCGAGCUUGAGACGUUUCUUGCGCAAGUGGAUGACAAGCACUUUGCUGCGUUCUGUGAACGCAUUGGCGUAGCGAAUGUGCGUGAGUACGAGUCGCAGCAACUCGCGCUAACGCAGGCGCUGGACAUGGAGACAGAACAGUACCAGCGCCAGCUAGCUCGUCUUGCGCACCAACGCACAUUUACGCUGCAGCAGGAACAGAACACCGCAGAGCGUUUGGCGUACAUUCAGGCCGCUAUUGACAAGGAGACCAAGCGCCUUCCGGCGCUCGAGCAGGAGAUGGCGGCGUGUGAUCGCGAGAUGGCGUCGCUACGUGCCCAGCUGGAGCAGAUGCAGAGUGAUUGGCAAGCGUUGCGUGACCAACACCGGGAGAAGAGCGAUGCCCUGCAUGAAAAGCGCAAGGCCCUGAUUGCAACGAGUCGCGAUGUGGAUGCGCAUCGGAAAGAAGUGGCGGAGCGCAAUGAUGAGAUUGCACAGCUGGAUCUGGAGCGCACAAACUUGUACCGGCAGUGCCGUCUAGAGACGAUUGAUCUACCGCUCGAGUCAGGGGAUUUGGCCAACGUGGCGCUGGAAGACGAGGCGCCCUUGCCGGCAGUCGAUGGCGAUGAUGCUGUGCAGCCCAUACGUCCGUUUGAUGUGGUCGUCGACUUUUCGCGUCUGUCCGAUGCGGAGCGGACCGAUCGUGGCUCGACCAAGGCGCGUGAACUGCAGGACAAGAUCGAUAUGGCUCGAGAAGAAAUGGCCAAGUUGAAUCCCAGUACACAUACCGCUAACAAACUCGAAGGAUUGGAACGCGAGUUGCAGACGUGUGAGCGCGACAUGGACAGCUGUCGGGAGCACGUGCGUGAGACGCGGGAAGAGCUGCAGCAUGUAAAGAAGCAACGCACGGACAAGUUUAUGCGUGCUUACAACCAUAUUGCCGAGCGUAUUGACGGUGUGUACAAGGACUUGACCAAGAGCAAAGCAGCGCCGAUGGGCGGUGUUGCCUACCUCACGUUGGAGGACACAGACGAACCGUUCCGUACAGGGAUCCGGUAUCAUGCCAUGCCGCCUAUGAAGCGCUUCCGCGAUAUGGAUCAGUUGUCAGGUGGCGAAAAGACCAUGGCCGCAUUGUCGUUGCUGUUUGCGAUUCAUACUUAUCAGCCUGCGCCGUUCUUCGUGCUAGACGAAGUCGAUGCGGCCCUUGACUCACAAAACGUCGCACGCGUUAGUGAGUAUAUCCGUGAGCACGCGAGCGAUCAGUUCCAGUUUAUUGUCAUCUCUCUGAAAGCUUCCUUGUACGAGCGGAGUCAAGGUCUGGUCGGUGUUUAUCGAAACCAAGCAGCCAACUCUAGCGCGAUUGUCACGUUGGAUUUGGAGUCGUAUGCCUAG